GAGGAAGAAGAACCUGAAGAAAGUAGGGAAAGGAGCAGAAGAAGAAGAAGUGGCUUAAAAAAAAACAACACGGGCACUUUAGCUGUCAGUUAACAAACAAGGUUACACAAAUAUCUGAGAGGUAUAUAUGACAUCUAGUUUGUUUACAUGCAAAACGCUGAAAUAUCUGCCUACUUACUGAACUCGUCCGGCGUCCAAAACACGUCUUAGCCUGCUCGUCAGAUCCCACAGGAAGAGGAGACAACCGUUAAUAUUAGCUAGUCCAGCUCGAGACUGUUAUUAGCUAACAGUUAGCUGCUGGGUUAGCCGUUUGCUAGCCGAAGGCGUUAAUAGUUACCUGCUGUGUCGUCGUUUAACCUUGUCUGAGACCUUAGUUAGUCGAAAUAUUGUCAGGUUAGCCAGCCUGUGGCAAGCUAAUUUUAGCCCCUGUAGCGCCUGUCUGUCAUCCUGCUUGGCUGCUUCCUCAUGCUAACAGCCAGUCUGCCUGCUAACGUUAGCCGCCGUUUAAACAACUGCUGUUUUUUAAUACAGUUAACAUGAGCUUUGACAGGCAGCCAGAUCACUGUGAGAGCUGUUUUCCGGUUUUUGUCUGCUGUUAAAGGUUAAACGUUUGUUCAUUUCAGCUCGGGGUUAGAUGCACCGUGUUCCUCUUGAGCUAACAGAGUUAGCAAACAACAAAGCAGUGUGAUUGAAUAUAAUCUGUGUUGCACAUUUACACAGGUUAAAGCUAGCUUGAAUGUCUCUCUAAUUAACCUCUGCACCGACUGGACAAUGAAGUCAUGUAGCUGCAUUACAUAUGACACAAUGCACCAUUUAAGCUGUGUAAAAGCCUUUUGACACAUACAAGUGGCUGCUGAUAUGGUGGACCUAAGUCUGACCCUUAGGAAACCCCCAGUCUCACUUUUCAAUGAGAUUCUGGGGAACAUGUUGUCACAGAUUAUGGAUUUAGGAAGUCCUCUCCCAUGAGAUUCCAACUUUACAGCAAUUAAAUUAAACAGCUGUGAGGAACAUGGAGAGAGAAGCAGCAGAGAAGGAGAAGGAUGUUGCAGACACUGAUGAGGAGAUGACUGACGGUAUUUCUGCCUCAGUGAACAAUUCUGGUCAGUGGGAGACCAGAGAGACUGAUGAUGACUGCGAGCAGGAGGACAAAACAGCCUAUCUUAAAUCUCAGGAAACCCCAAACCUAGCCACUCCGCAAGACUCUGGAAUUGGUGAAGCAGAGUAUUGUGGAUCCAUGGAGGCCAAAGAGGACACCGAGGAGGUUUCAGAUGGGUUUGACAAUGACAAGACGGCAGAUAACGAGAACUCACAGGUUAUAAAUCAAGAAGAGGAUGAAGCUGCGAAGGAGCAGCAGAUGAAUGGGGAGUCUGGUUGGAGGAACAUGGCCAGUGGGCGGCGGUUCAAACUGAAAAGCGGUGGAUCUGUUUUGGAGCAGAGCAGUCAGAGCGCUUUUUCUUCCAUUCAAAAAGGCAAUGUUAUGUCAAGUGGUGGUCGGCACAAGCAGACUCGCAGACGUAACCAUCAUCACCAUCAGCAGAACCGUGGCCGCAGGCGGACAGGCAACCAGCUUGUCUUAGCUUUCAAGGAGAUGCUGUCAGAGUCUCUGAGCUUCUGGUGCAUCUCAUGCAUCCAUAUGAUGAUUGAGAUUAUUGUGACAUUAACUCACAAUUGUGGAGUUGGAGUUGAGACUGGAGUUGUUAAACUGUACAACUUUGGGCAGCAGCUCCUUGCAAAGAUCACUGAUAUACCUGGAAUGAAAGCAGAUGCUUGUCGAAUUCUAAAAUGGACUAAAUGCACAGGAGUGGACCUGCUGGAUAGAAUAUUUAGAUCAGUGAAGUGGAUGAAGACAGCUGCCUUAUCUUGUUUCAGACUUUUGUGUACUUUGGCUGUUCUGGGUUCCCAAUGGGCAAAGGGUGUGUUGGUUCGUGUUGGUGGAGAGAGGGGAAAACGCUAUUGGACAGCUUUUCAGGACUCAAGGUUUUGGAAGAGGAUGGUGUCCUUGCUGGAAAGAGCCCGAAGCCUGUUCAGGAGGGAUGGUCACGCCCCACCAUCCACACCUGAGUCUCCCGGCAGAACAGGGAAAGGUCAGCCAGGCCAGGAGCUGGAGAGACUGCUGGCGUUGGCUGAGGUACCAGAGGAUGAGCUUGACCCCUUUACAGUACUUGGUGUAGAAGUGCACGCCACUGAAACCGAGCUGAAGAAGGCCUACAGACAGCUGGCUGUCCAGGUCCAUCCAGACAAGAAUAAACACCCACGAGCUGGAGAGGCGUUCAAAGUACUAAGGGCUGCCUGGGAUAUUGUCAGUAACCCAGAGACACGACGAGAGUAUGAGUUGAAGCGCAUGGCAGCAACUGAGCUCUCGAAGUCCAUGAAUGAGUUUCUCACCAAACUGCAGGAUGACCUGAAGGAAGCCAUGAACACCAUGAUGUGUACCAAGUGCGAAGGAAAGCACAAGCGAUUCGAGAUGGAUCGUGAACCUGCCGAGGCCCGGUUCUGUGCUGAAUGCAACCGUUGCCAUAGUGCUGAGGAGGGGGACCUGUGGGCCGAGUCCAGCAUGUUGGGCCUUCGCAUCACUUACUUUGCAUGUAUGGACGGGAAGGUGUAUGAUAUUACAGAGUGGGCAGGUUGCCAAAGAAUAGGCAUUUCUCCUGACACCCACCGUGUACCAUAUCACAUCUCCUUUGGUUCAAAGAACAACAGCAACGCCACACGGCACAGGACGCCCUCAGAGCAGGCCACAGGUCCAACCAACCCCGCUGAUUUGCAGGAUUUCUUCAAUCGAAUCUUCAAGGGAGGACCGCCUAACGACAUGGCUGCCAACGGAAGCUUCUUCCCCUCAGGUCCGCCUCAUCACCCGCCUGGUGCUGGAGCACCUCCGUUCUCCCCUCCCACGGGUCAGACGGGUUUCUACAUGCCGGGCGGUCAGCGGCCGGAGUCCAGUGAGACGUGGGCUGAAAGUGGCAAACCCCCAAGAAGGAGGAAGAAGGUUCGCAAACCCUUCCAGAGGUGAAGUCUGUUGACUUGUUAGUAUAUCAAAAUAGCAACACAGGGACAAUGAAUAAUGGCCAUGUUUGUCUCUCGCCUGCCUGUUGGCAUGCCAAGAUCUGACCUGGAGAAUAUUCAUGGGGCUAAAAAGCCACGUUCAGAUCAGCCAGAGCAGAGAAAGACCGGAUCAUGAAGAAGGGCCUGUGGACUGAAUACAAGUAUUAAAGGAGAGCUGAAGAGGUGCAGCGAUGGUGCUUUACCUCUCAUUUCACCUUAUUUUUUUUGUUGGUCUUAAAGACAACUGUAGCCUUGGCAUUGAAAUCCUUAUCAGGAUGCUGUAAUGACACAUUUUUCUUUUCACAAUUUCCUGCCAAAUCCUUCAUAGCAUGAUUUAGUCACUUCAUUCUAACACUUUAGUUCUCUCACUUUUGUUGUUAAUGCUUUAUAUAAGGUUAGAUCAAGACAUUGGCUCCAGGCAGAGUGACGGUUGAGGGUUACAGUCAGUGGGAAUGUGAUUUACGGUUUGUUGCAAUCGAGAAAUGAAGAUAAUGAUCUGGGCAGCUUCACGCUGUCAGUGUUACUGUUAGUAGUGGCAUGUGAAUCUACUUUUGCAUCUACGCCUCGCCCACCAUUUUUCAAGAAUGAAUCCAAAUCAGCCAAAUCCAACACAUCUGAACUAACUUAACUAAAUCAUGGCAUAUUCUUCACUGAAAUGAAGAGUGGUUUUUACAUUUCAGUGGAAUAAAUUCUCUACAUAGCCACAAAUGUUAAAGAUUUAAUUUAGUAUUAUGUUGGGAAAGUAGUCCAAAAGUGGCCAUUUUUUCCCCUAUUCAAAUCACAAGGCAUGGUGUGCUUCUUUGGUUACAUGCACACACACAAGAGAAAACAAGUUAUUUGCAUUGUGAAAUCAGGAGAGAUACUUGCUUUGAAUAAUUAAAAUGUAUUAUGGGGCCAUAAAAGGGCAAUAUGUAGAGUCUACAUGACCACUAAGAAGGAAAACAGCUUGUCAAGGUUGUAAUUUGGUCAUGAAAUGUGGUAGUCACUUAUAUUUGUGUGGCCAGUAUCAGAGAAUCACACCGUGCAUUAAGAGCGCUCAUUAAAAAUUGGGUUUCUCAGUAAGGGGAACAUAAAUUAAGGACACUCUAUUCAGAAAUCAUCUCAGACAGGCCAAUCCAAAUAAGUGAUCAUAAACCUUUGUUUUUCAGAAUCCAGAGAGGAAACUAAAAAUGUUUAUUACAUUUCAGUGAACUUCAAAAAAUAUUACCAGAACAAAACAUACAUUUGAUAGCUGCUUGAAUCUUAAAUGUAUGUUGUUUUUAAUUUAACUAUGGACACAAACCUGACCAGUAUGUAAAGACACAGUGCCGUCUAAUUUGUAUUGUUUUUUGAUCAUCACUUAUUUUGAUUUUAAGGAUGCAGUUUACACCAGAAGUGUGUACGACCCCGUGCAAUAUCACUUAAAUAUUAAAGUACUCUAAAUUGUAUCACCUUACUGUAACUCAACUAUUUCUAAGUUGAACAGUAGAGCAUUUAGUCCUUUGUCAAAUAUAAAACUAAGUAGUUUAGAUUUACUAUAUUACAAAUACUGGCCCCUCAGUUCCUCUCAAUACUGAGAUUCAUAUCUUUUAUUUUUCCAAUACUUUGUAUGACCACCUUUAUUUUCAAUGUCAGACUCAAACCCCCUCGGCAUGGAGGACACCAGUGUUGCACAGUUUCUGGAGAGAUGUUCUGACAUUCUUCAGUGAUAUUUUUCUUUGCUGGAGAGGUUGUGUUUGUCUACCUUUUGACUUACAGCACCCCCAAAAUCAGGCCACAUUCUUGGCCAAGUUGUAGUUUUCACUUUGUCAUUCUUUAGUAACUCUUUUGUGCUUUCGGCAGAGCGCUUUGGAACGCUAUCAUGCUGAAAUAAUUAAUAAUCUUGUCAACUAGUAAUUUAAUAUACAUACAGACAUUCACGGAGCCAUCUAUAAAUGUCAUCCUCCCAACACUUUUUCCACUCGUGCAGCCUCAUAUCAUCACACUCCCACCUCUGUGCUUCAGUGCCAGGACUAUGCAUUCACUGUGGGAGUCCUGACCACAUGUGCUAGACCACACCUGAGACGAACACAUUUAUCUUGGUCUGAUCUGACCAAAGAAUGUGCUCCCAAAAUUCAUCUGGUUUCUUGCAGUUUUGUGCCGAAAAACAAGCGAAGGUGUUUCUCUUGGACGCCAUCCAGAGGUUGGCGUUCUGCAAUGUCCUUCGUACUGAGCUGUCACAGAAACUGCUUUCAUAUAUAACCUCUGUGCCAAAUCUUAAACACCUGCCCGUCUGUUCUUCAGAACUAGGUUGAGCGAGCAGUGCACUGUCUGUGGCAUCAUUGUAGGAAACUGACCACUACGGCUGUUACUUGUGGUAUCAUGGCUUCUUCAAUACCUCCUGAUUACUGCUGCUACUGACUUUUAGUUGGUCCCCAAUCUUCUGUAUCAGUCCAUGUUGCAGACACAGCCCAUAGGUCCAAUACUGAGAAAGUUCUGGAGUACACAGGGCAUUUUUUAACCUGUAUUUUCAAUAUAGUCUUUCUAAAGUAUUUGUUUUAAUUGUUCCUAAGAAGAAAUGCUCUACUUGCCAAUUUAGAAAAAAUACAGUUACUGUAAGGUGAUAGAGUUUGCGGUCAUUUCAGUGAUAUUGCACAGGGGUGAACUCACCUCUGUUCUAUACUGUAACCCUUGGUUGAAUAGGAAAAUAGUAAAACAAAUAUAUAAUAUAUAUAUGUUGCUGCUGCAACAUAGUCAAUGUGCAUGAUUGUUCAGGCAGCUACUGAAAACGGUUCCAGUCAUCUGAAUUUUCACAGCAUUUUCAUCAAGGAUCCCCCUUGUUCAGUGCCAUUUUUGCAUGUUAAAAGCCAUGGCUGUGACCUGUGACUGCCACUCAGCUCAGGACAAGUCAAUUAAAAAAAAAAAAAUCAGAUUUGAUUCCAGCCAUCCUGGUUAUUACAUCCAAAAAUGAUCUUUCUCCUGUCCUUUUGUUUCAGUAUGUGUUGUCAUCUCUGUGGCUCCUGACAGGUUGCAAUUAAAUAAGUUUAUGAUCCGACCAUAUUGCAGUCAUAUACUAUAAACUAGUGUUUUCUUCUGGUUAAUCUGGACAUGGUUCAGAUUUCAAGGCCACUGGUUCACAGAAAAUGAAAUCAAAAUCUAAAUGACUGAUUUUCUUUUGAUCUACCCAGCAUUACUGUAUGUAACAAUAUGAAGGGGUCAGAAAAAUGAAAACUGGUUGUAUUUUGCAGUUUAGUUUGUUGACAUGGUUUGCGCAUAGAAAUUCUGCUUUAAUUUUCACCAUAGCUUAAUCAAAAAACAAAGCUGUUACUGUUUACAUCUGACAUGAAGAUUGUGAAAGUGUAGUGAUAUGGCAAUUAUGAGUGAUGAGGCAUUUGAGAGGCUUUUUUAAAAAUAUUGACAGUUAAACAUGAUGAGUACCAUGUUCAUUGUUUUUUUUGGUUGUUAAUUUGUCCACCCACCACUGUAAUAACAUCAGAGGGAUUUUGAACAGUCAUCGGUGAUUUAACCUAACCAGACUCCUCCAGCUGCAGCUGAGUAGGAGGUGUAGCUCGCUAAGCUAACAGCUCACUUACAAAUGAAGAUAUUUUGUUGGUAGAAUCUGAAUGUUUAAUGAGUGACAAAUUUUUGAAAAACAUUAUUUGAUUGCACAACCAUUGCACUCUGGAGAAAGGAUGGGAACUAUACUAUGGCACUACAAUGCACAGUGUGGAUUUUGUCUAGAAGCUUGAAAGGAGCCCUUAUUAGAAAUACUGUUUAAGGUUAUUUAGGAAGGACAAUAAGUUUGCCAUGUUUCUCUUCAUGUGUCAAAUAGUUUCUGUCAUGUAUUUGACCAGUUUCCCAGACAUGAACUGAAUUAGUGAUCAAAAAUGACCUCAAAAUCCCUCAAAUUAAACCAGUUAUAAAUGUAAAACUAGUCCUGAAUUUAGCUUAUUGUGGUAAAAAUAAUUUUUAAAUUUGAAAAUUAUUAUAGCCAAAUCAGAGUUAGAUGACCAAAAUUAAUCUUUUUCAAUUGGGCAGGAUUAUAUUUAAAAUGUUAGUAUGAUAAUCAAAGACAAAUGAACAAAAUAACUUCAAUUGACAUAUUUUCAGAUCAAAAUACAUUGUUACAAAGACCUACUUCAGUCCCUGUCUAGGAAAUUGGACACACAGCUGUGACCAUUGUCAAACAUAAUGGGUUAUUUUCCACACAUUGUCCUUGACUUGAGAAUGUGCAGUGCUGCAUGUUAAAGGUAGCAGUUCAAAGUCCAAGAAGUCAAUGAAAGAGCCAACACAGAUUUUUUUUUUUUUGUUUCAAGUUUUUAACAGAAUAUGCAGAAGUAUUGCAAAAAAUAUCUGACAAUCAUCAGGGUUUUUUGUAGGGAAUUAGGAGGCGAGUUCCCUGGCUGGCAAACAGUUAUAAAAUAUCACUGUUGGGUUUCUUUCCCCUGCUUUCUCUGGUUUUCAAAAUAAAGAUGAUUUCCUAUA